CUGUAUUGAUGUAAGUAAUUCUUAUACCAUUCGUACGCCAAUCGCCAAUCGGUGUCGUGUAUAGAAAGUGUUAAGUGCGUGUUGAAUUCAGUACAAAGCUGCAGUUUACUUAACUUUUCGUUUAGUCAAGGAUAAAGGCAGUCGCCAUGAUAUCGCUGACUAUUGCUCUCCUUUCUUUUGUUGCUUUUGCAAAUUGCGGUGUAUUGGUCCAAGACGCGCCUUCUUGUCCAGAGCAACAUGGAGUGCAAGCUUACGCUCAUCCAGAAUCUUGUAAUUUAUUCUUCCUUUGUACAAAUGGUACUCUAACGGUGGAAACUUGUGAAAAUGGUCUUCUAUUCGAUGGAAAAGGCAACGUUUUCAAUCACUGUAAUUAUAAUUGGGCUGUUGAUUGUGGACAAAGAAAAGCUGAUUUGACACCAAUCAGCACUCCAGGCUGUGAAUAUCAAUUCGGAAUAUAUCCAGAUAGUAAAGAAUGUUCCGUACACUUUAUAAAGUGUGCUCAUGGGGAACCGAUUCCAAACCAAUGUGAUCCUGGACUAGUAUAUGAUGAACGUAUUCAUGGUUGCAACUGGCCCGACCUUCUAAUAGAAACGUGUAAUCCAGAAGCUGUGGUCGGCUUCAAAUGUCCAACUAAAGUGCCACACAACAGCCCAGCGGCAAAAUUCUGGCCAUAUCCCCGUUUUCCAGUUCCAGGUGACUGUCAUCGUCUUAUUACAUGCGUUAACGGAUAUCCACGUCUUAUUACUUGUGGCGAAGGAAAAGUUGUCGAUGAACAUAAUUUAACUUGUGAAGAUCCAGAAUUAGUACCUCACUGUGCCAAUCAUAUCGGAAAAUAGAGAGAAGAGAUAAACGUCGAGAUGUCGAGUCGUUUUAAAAUUUGAUUUUUAUUUAUACAAAUGUCUUCCUGUACAUAUUCUAUUUAGAUUCAUAUAUUCCAAUAUCAACUCUUUUAAAUAUUUAAAAUAUAAAUAUUAAACUCUAAUACUUAUCAGUGAAAAUUUCUAAUUGAUUAUUCUGUAAAUAUAGGGCAAUAAUAAAUUUUUCAUUACGACUCGAUUGAAACUUUGAAUAAUUAAAGCUGAAAGAGAAGCUGAGAAAAUAUGUAAUUAUUUUUGUAAAUCAAUCUAGUGUGACAGUAAUUUUUUUAGUUAUUAUUAGUAGAAAAUCUUGACCUUCCAUUAUUUUAAUCACAAAUUACUCCAUUAUCCAUAUAUCCUAUUUAGAGAAUAUUCAAUUUCUAUCUAUGUCUGCCUUUGUUUACAAUGUUACCUUAGUGACUUCUGUUUUAUAUAAUAAGAGAAUAAUCAAAAAAGCUGUUUUUCAGUAAAAUUGUCAAAUAUGACAUUUGAUAUUUUAAUAUUAUUUUGCUUUUUAUUUAAAACUAAAAACAAUAUGAAAAAAACAUUUUACGAUAUAUGUCCGUGAAGUUUUUAUUAGGGUACUCGAUUAGAUAUUCUCGUAACGUACUAAAUCACUUCCCGCACUUAUAACUAUUUUAUUCCUUCUAGAUCCUCCUUCCCGAUUUUUAUACAACUAUCAAUUUAUUUAUCUCUACUCCGUUUUAUUCGAACAACUUUUUUAAAUUAACAUUUUUUAUUAAUACUUUCAAUAACUAUCAUAUUUACUUUUACUUUUUAGAUAAAUGUUUCACUAGUAUAUUCGUUAUCUUUCAUAUGCUCAAUUACUUUCUAUUUUUGUGUAUAUUAAAAAUAUAUUUUUGUUAUUUUAUUAAAUUAUAUUCAUAAAUUUUCAACCAUCAACUUAAGAUAAUUGAAUUAUUAACAAUUUUGAUUAUGAGUGAACAUUUUGAAACUCAUUAAAACAUUAGUUUUCUUCUAAUUUGAAACUAUUAUGAAACAUAAAUAGAGCUAAUUUCAACCUUCUCACAUUACAAAUGUGCAAAAUUGGCAAUAUAUCAACAAGUACUUAGAAAUAAUUCUUUAAAAAUAAUAAAAUUAAAAUAAAUUCUGAGAAUUGAUAUUUUUUAAAACUGAAAACAUAUAAUUAAAUGAUAUUAAUGUAUAAAGUACGAAUAAUAAUCAACAAAUAAUCUCUUCUAUGAAUUUUACAAAUGAAUCAGUGAUAGAUCUACAGAAAAACGUAGAAUCCAUUAAUUUAAUUUGAAGCUUCAUAGAGGCUGCUUGAGGUUGUAGCUUGAGUAGUACUUAACUAUAUACUGUCAAUUCUCUCAAUCACAAUUUGAUUUGAAUGCUAUAGAAGCAUUAAAUCUGAGUCAGUUUUCGUAUGGUAGAUAGCAAACACGAUCUGAAAGGAAAUUAUGAAUUUAUACUUGAAGAAAAUCACAUUUUAUAACACAGAUAAACUAAGAAAACAUUUUUCUUCUUCUUUUUGUCUUGCCUUUUUUAGGUGUCGAAAUGUGUCUCUAUAUCCACUAAUUUUUCUCAUGGUUUUCAUGUCUAGAGCUCUUCUUUGUUUUCGAUCAUCUGAGCAAUCCAUUGUUUAUUUUUUGGCGAACUCUUUCCUGGGUUUUAUGUUUCUAAUCAGCAAAUAAAAUCAAGUAACGAAUUAUUAUUUUGAAAAACUCUUAUUAAUUAUGUUAUUCACAAACGAUACAACAACAAGAAAUUCGAUGAUUAAAGGGUAUAUAUAGAGAAUUUUUCAUAAUUUUAUCAUUUUCUUUAAUUCAUAGUAAGCUUUUUAUUUUCUUACUAAUAUAAGUAGAUUAUUUUUAAUUCCAAAUUCUUCAAUAAAAAUGAAACUUCAAAUACAAGCCAUUUUUCCUAUAACGAAUCCAACCACUGCUAUGGUUCAUUAUUUUUAUUAUUAGUUAUAGCUUUAAUUACUGCUUUUCUCUCCACGAACUGAUCAAAGUGAAAAAAUUUGAUAUUUAUUUGUAAAAAUACCCCAAAUGCAUGAAAAUAUCCAAUUUUUUCACGACUUGGUGCAUUAUGUAAGUACUCACAAUAUAUACUCAAACCUAUAUUUUAUUUAUUAUUAGAACUAUUUAGUUGGUGUAGGUUUAGAUGAAGGGACAUUUUUUUUAUUAUAUUUUUAUUUUAAUGAUUAAUUAUAUAAACAUUCCAUUUUAUUAGCGAGUAUAAUAAUACCUCAUAUUGUUGAGUUAACAGCAAAGUAUUUGAAAUAGAUAAUCUACUGAAACAUUUUUCCUUUUUUAUAUACGUGUUCUCUGCUUUCUGCGAUAUAUCAUUUCUCCUCAUUUUUUCUUUACUUUACUUUCUUUACUCCUUUUUUAACCUGCUAAUAUAUUGUUUAAUCCAAUGAAGUGAUUAAUCUGAUUAUUACUAUCUUCUCUGUAGAAAGCUUCACAUUUCAAUUCUUGUUCUAAUUGGAUCUUCAACAUUAUUUUUCAUGUCAAUUUUUCUAUAUAUGCUAACACAUUAUAUUCAAUAAAUAUGAAUUAAAUCAAAUAAAUGAAAUUGUAGUUUUAAUAUACUAUUUCCUUGAAUCUCUUCUUGAAUUUUCUUGAAUAAUUUGAGUUAUCACUCAUUGAUUAUUGUUGUGUAUAAAAUCUUCAGCACUUCCAUCCUUCAUUUUCAAUAAUAAGCAUUAUUAUCUAUUAAAAAUGUAGUUCCAUAUUUCUUUUUAUCAAGACAAUCGUCAUUAAUCCAUAUUGUAAUUUUUAUUCUACUAAAGUUGUUGUUCACAUCGGUAAUAUCAAUUCUGAAAAAAUAAACACUUAUUUGUUGACAACACCAACCCAAAUUUCUUACUUAAAGGAUUGCUUAGAAUUACAAUAAUUAAGAUUAUCAUUUCUAUACAAAAUAAAAUACUUAUGAUCAUCGUUUGGUAGCUUUUAGCAGCUUCUGUACAUUUUACGUUGCACUGUUAUUCUAGUCACACUAUAUUAGUUUUCUGACUUGUUCCUCCUCAAUCUUCUGCUACUGUCUAACAGUAUUGACAUCUAGGUGCAGCCUGAGUUAGAGUUUAUACCAUUCCACAAACUAAUAACCUUCAUGCAUCUUUACAAUUGAAUUCGGUAAGAGCGGAACCAGUUCAACUAUCUGAUUCUAUUAGAAUUUGCUUAUAUAUUAAUCAUUUAAAUUGUCUUCCUCUAUAACAAGUAGUAUUGUUUCCGAACAAAUUUACUCCAGUUGCUUCCAUUUGAGUUUCACAGCUAAAGCCAUGCCUAAUCGUUUGGCAUUAUUUCUUAUUGAAAACAAAGGCAUAACAACAUAUUUUCUUUGAUUGAUAAUUAUAUAUUGUAUUUUUAUUCCGUUUCAUUUCUAUAUUCUAUAACAUUCUUCUUCAACCCAUUGUUAUUAACAUUUCCUACUAAUAUACAUACAUCCAUAUAAUAUAUAUAAUAUUUUUUCUUUCUUUCUUCCUAUACGCUUAAAAUAUAUUCUUUCUUUCUUUCUUCCUAUACGCUUAAAAUAUAUUCUUUCUUAAUUUAUUCUUCACAUUUGCUAAACAUGAGUUUAUACACUUGUUUAUCAAGUCUCGCGUAAUUUUACUUUCACUAUAUAACUUCUUCUAUUCUAAGUUUUCUCGAAAACCAUAAAAAAUAGAAAGUUGCCAUUGACCUUUUUGCAUUUUCUGUAAAAAUACUUUAUUCUAUAUAUUUUAUUUUAGCUCUUCACAAUGUACUUUUACUUAUUAUUUUUCUCUUUCUGCAAAUAAAUUCUUAUUAUUAUUCUAUAAUUUCUCUUUUUUGCUCAACCUCUUUAUAAAAAUGCCAGUUACUUUAUGAACCACCCAAACUUUUUCCUCUAUCCUUUUUAAAUUUUAUUUUAAUUUUCUUCUUGCCACUCUUCUUCAAAUUUAUAGAAAAGUCUCUACUAUUCUUCGUUUUUAACAUAUUUUUAUCUAGUUUAAAUACGUUGUACUUUGCAACCUUGUUAUUUUGUUUUUUCGGGUCUUUUCUUUCAUUAGAUAUUAAUAAUGUUUUUCAUUUACAUCACACAAUCUUCUCUCUUUCUCUAUUAUUUUCUAUAAUAAUAUAAUAGUCUCCUCUCUUCCUUCAACAUUCUAUAAUCUUUAAAUAACUUCGUCGUGUUUUUCAAUACCCAUCAAUGUGUUCAUAUUCUCUCUGCAAUCCUUCUUAUACCAUCAUCCAUCAUCUAUUUUCUAUCUUCUCCAAAAGUUGAAGUAUUUUCAUAUUAUAUUUAUUUCAUAAAUCUGUGUCUUUCAUUCUACAAUCUCUUUUCUAUUUUCUUUACGAAUUUUAUUUUACACGUGUCGAUGUUUAAAAUGUUCAUUAAUAUUAUGAAAAUAUCUUACGAAUCUUUCACAAUUUUGAGUUUAUAACCUUUCUGCGAUCCUUAUUAUUCCAUUAUUAUACCAUUCUACUAAAAUCUCUUUUCUAGUUUCUUUGUCAUUUUUAUUCUCCGUAUGUUCAUGUUAAAAAAGUUUAUUAUAUUGUGCCUAUUUUCUAUAUAUCUUAUAAUAUCUUCUUCGAGUGCCUCAAUAACCAUGAAUAUUUAUAUUCUCUCUGCGAAUCUUUUUUAUUGUUAUUUUACUUUUUAAUAUGUUUUCUCUAUCUUAUUUUUCAAUUUUAUUUCCCGCAUGUUCAUGUUGAUACAGUCGUUAUGUAUCUAUUUUAUAAAUCUCUUAAAAUAUCUUUUUCGUGUGCUUCAAUACCAAUCAAUGUUUAUCUUUUUACGAUCCUUCUUGUAUUAUCAUACUACUUUCUAGAAUAUUUUUUCUAUCUUAUCUUUCAAUUUCAUACUUCACAUGUUCAGGUUAAAAAAGCUCUUUCAAAUAGUAUCUAUUUUAUAAAUUUUCAAAAUACCUUAUUCAUCUGUUUCUAUGCCUCUACUUGUUUAUAUUCUUUCUGGGAUUUUUCUUGUAUUAUCAUUCUACCUUCGUUUUCUACAUCAUUCUUCACAUAUUCAUGUUAAAACAGUUUAUUCUUUACUUAUCUAUUUUAUAUCUCUCUCAAAAUAUCUUCUAAGUGUGCUUCAACGCCCAUCAAUGUUUAUAAUUUUUUUACGAUCCUUCUUGAAUUAUCAUUCUAUUUUCUAUAAUCUCUUCUUUAUCUCCUUUUUCAAUUUAAUUCUUCGCAUGUUCAUAUGUUAAAAAAAGUUGUCUCAUUCUGUAUCUAUUUUUUAAAUCUCUUGAAAUAUCUUCGUUGAGUGAUUCAAUGCCCAUCAAUGCUUAUAUUCUUUCUGUGAUCCUUCUGUAUUAUAAUUCUACUUUCUAUAACCUCUUCUUUUUAUCUUCUUUUUCAAUUUCAUUCUUCGCAUGUUCAUGUUUAAACUGUUUAUCCAUAUUGUAUCUAUUUUAUAAAUCUCUUAAAAUAUCUUCUUUGCAUGCUUCAAUGCUUAUCAAUGUUUAUAUUCUUUCUGGGAUCCUCCUCUAUUUUUUAUUAUCCCUUUUCAAUCUUCUUUUUCGAUUUCAUUCUCUGUAUGUUUAUUCAUUAUAUAUCUAUUUUAUAAAUCUCUUAAAAUAUUUUCUUCGUGUGCUUCGUUGCCCUUCAAUGUUAUAAUCUUUUUACCAUACGUCUUGAAUUAUUAUUCUACUUUAUAUAAUCUCUUAUCUAAUCCCUCUUCAUUUUCAUUCUUUGUAUAUUCAUGUUAAAAAAGUUCAUUCAUUACAUAUCUAUUUUAAAAAUCUCUGCUUCAUGUGCUUCAAUGCCCAUCAAAGUUUAUAAUAUUUUUACGAUACUUCUUGAAUUAUAUUCUACUUUCUAGAAUAUUUUCUCUAUUUUCUUUUUAAAUUUCACACUUCACAGGUUAAUGUUAAAAAAUCUCUUUCAUAUUGUAUCUAUUUUAUAAAUUUCUCGAAAUAUUUUCUUCAGGUGCUUCCAUUUCCCUCAAUAUUUAUACGCUUUCUGUGAUCCUUCUUGUAUUAACAUUCUACUUUCUAUAAUCUGUUUUCUAUUUCCUUUUUAUAUUUCAUUCAUCACAUGUCCAUAUACCUCUUAAAAUAUCUUCUUCGUUAGGUUCAAUGUCCAUCAAUGUUUAUAUUCUCUCAGCAUCCUAACUUCUAUAAUAUUUUUCUAUCUUCCUCACUAAUUCCAUUCUCCUCAUGUUCUCUUAAAAUAACUUCUUCAUGUUAUUCAACGUGAAUUAGUGUUCAUCUACUUUCUGCUAGCCUUCUUAUUCCGAUUUCUAAUAUCUGUUCUCUGCCUUCUUUCUCAAUUUUAUUCUCCCCAUGUUCAUACUAAAAAGUUUAUUUCUAUUGUGUCUUUUUCACGAAUUUGCUUAAAUAUUUUCGUCAUGUUCUUCGAAACCAUUCAUCUCUUAUAUUGUUUCCGUGACGCUACUUGUAGCUCCAUUCCGCUUUCUGUAAUCUUUUUUCUACUUUCUAUUUCAUUCUGCACAUGUUCAUGCUUAAAACGUUUAUUCAUAUUAUCUCUUUUAUAAAUCUUUAUCAUAAUCCUUAAAACCAAUCGAUAUUUCUAUUCUUUCUGUGACCCAUUUUGUAUUAACAUUCUACUUUCUAUAAUCUGUUCUCUAUCUUCUUUUCUAAUUCCAUUCUCCACUUGUUCAUUUAAAAAAGUGUCAUUCAAAUUAUCCUGUUUUGUAUUCUUCAAUACCCAUCAAUGUUCAUAUAGUUUCUAUGAACAUUCUUGUAUUUCCAAUAUAUUCUUUUAAUUCCACUCUACUUUCUAUAAUCUCUUCCCAAUCCUCUUUCUUAAAAUUUAUUUUCCACAUCGACAAAGUUCAUGCACAUUGUAUCUGUUUUAUAAAUAUUUUAAAACAUUUUCAUUUUCUGGAAAACCGCUCAAUGUUUACGUGCUUUCUUUCAAUCCCAUUGUGCUUUCCUUAUUCUCUUUUUUGUUUUCUUAUUAAAAUUUCAUAUUUCAUAUGCUGAAGUUGUAUAAGUUUGCUAAGAUUGUAUUUAUUUCAUAAAUCUGUCAAAAUAUAUUCUUGUUCUUCACUGCCAGUCUAAUGUACAUAUUCUUUUUAUGUACCGGCUGGUAAUUCCAUUCUACUCUCUCUAAUAUAUUUUCUAUAUUUUUUCAUUUAAUUCUCCCUAUGUUGAUGUUAAAUGUUUAUCUAUAUUGUGUGUAAUGAGAAUAAAUAUUUCUAUUGUUGUUGUGACAAGUACAUUGAGUAAAUAUAUUUCUUUGAAAGUAAAAGGUUGAUGACAAAUUUAUGUGUCAUAAUUUUUUAUUUGAACAUUAACAAAGAAUUUGUAUUCUUAGUUGAAAACAUUAUAUUGUUAUGUAUUUAUUUGAUUGCAAUAUUUGUACACGUUUUUUAAUAAAAAAUUCAAAAUAAUAAAA